AUGAAAAGACUGCUCAACCCCGAUGAAAUCGGAAUUUUUAUCCAAGCCAAUGCUUCUGUGCGCAUUGUCAUUUUGCAUGGACUAGAUGAUCGGUGUUAUGUUAUUCUGUUUGGAGAUGGUGCAGCUGCAAUCAUAGUUGGGGCUGACCCAAUUCCUGAAAUUGAGAAACCCUUGUUCGAGUUGGUCUCUGCAGCCCAAACCAUUCUUCCUGAUAGUGAUGGUGCCAUUGACGGGCAUCUCAGAGAGGUUGGCCUCACUUUCCAUCUCCUUAAAGAUGUUCCAGGCCUCAUCUCUAAGAACAUUGAGAAGAGUCUUGUUGAGGCAUUUGAGCCUCUAGGCAUCUCUGAUUGGAACUCACUCUUUUGGAUCGCCCACCCGGGUGGACCGGCCAUUUUGGACCAGGUCGAACUCAAAUUAGCCCUUAAACCUGAGAAGCUACGGGCCACAAGGCAUAUCCUUAGUGAGUAUGGUAACAUGUCUAGUGCUUGUGUUCUGUUCAUAUUGGAUGAGAUGAGGAAGAAAUCGGCUGAGGAAGGGUUGAAGACCACUGGUGAGGGACUGGAGUGGGGUGUCCUCUUUGGGUUUGGACCGGGUCUGACCGUUGAGACCGUGGUGCUCCACAGUGUGGCAGCUUAGAGA